CUGAGAGGAAGAGGGGAGAGGAAAGCCCCAGAAGGAGAGGAAGCACCGGAUGUCGCCGAUGUUGAAGGACCAAAGAGAGACAAGAUGAGGAGGCUGGGCCUGAAGGACACCACACAGAAGACCCCUAGAGCUGAAUUUGAGGCUAAAUACCAGCAGCUGCAUCAGCAGCUGGGGGCAGGAGGGUGUGGAUCUGUGUUUGCUGGCUAUUGCAGAGAAGAUCGUGUGCCUGUCGCCAUCAAACACAUCCCAGAAGACCACGUCUUCUGCAAACACGUGGACGAUACCGGGAGGGAGCUCUCCAUCGAGGUGGCCGUCAUGCUGAGACUGCAGGAGGAGACAAGCAGACCGGUAGGGGCGUCGGCACCGGUAGCCCUACUGGACUGGUACGAUCUGGGCCAGGAGCUGAUCCUGGUGCACGAGAGGCCGGUCCCUUGCAGAGACCUCCUUCACCACAUCGAAGGCAAAGGAGGCUCCUUACCAGAGGAGGAGGCCAAGGUCAUACUUAAACAGCUGGUGGAUGCAGCAGUCGACCUCCAGGAGAAACAAAUUUUCCACCAGGACAUUAAGGUGGCAAACAUAUUGAUCGAGACCGGCUGGGACGUCCCGCGCGUUCGUCUUAUUGAUUUUGGACUGAGCCGCUUCGUGAAGAAAGGGGCCUCGUACCGCCAAUUCCACGGUACCUUUCUCCACGUUCCUCCAGAGUGGUACAGCUGUCACAGGUACCGGGCCGGACCCGCCACGGUGUGGCAGGUGGGAGUGGUCCUGUUCGAAACGCUCCACGCCGGUGAAAAGUUUAGGACCCCCAGCUUCUUGAAUAAGUCGCUGACAAUCAGCGAGACGCUGUCCGAAAAUUGCCAGGACUUCUUACGAGUGUGUUUGAUGGAAGACCCCAAACAACGACCGACCCUGAAGAUGCUCAGACGUCAUCGAUGGCUAAAAUAA